GACGAUCAAUCACUCCCGAAGGAAUUAAAAACGCCAUUGGAAGUUUUGUUUCUUGUUUCCGAAUUGUUAUGGCGAGAUGAACUUGGUGGUUUGAGAAAAGAACUCUCGCUGUUUGAUGGUUUUGAUGACAAUUACCAAUUACGUGACAAUCAUUCUGCUACGCGGUGAUGAUCUUUAAAUUCCUGGAUCGUUCGUCCAUCCGCGGUACUUGGCUCGAGUAAUUGCGAUGACUUCGUCUGCCACCACCGCUCUCAUCCUCCACUUCACUCUCCUCUCACUCGCCCAUGCCGCCACCUUCCAGAUACUCAACCUCUGCACCUACACCAUCUGGCCCGGCGCCAUCCCUGCCGGCGGCCGCCGUCUUGACCCCGGCCAGGUUUGGACCAUCAACGUCGCCCCCGGAACAACAGGCGGACAGAUCUGGGCGCGCACAGGCUGCUCCUUCAACUCCACAGGCAUCGGCAGAUGCCUGACCGGCGAUUGCGCCGGCCUCCUUGAGUGUGAAGCUCGCGAGCUCGGGUCUCUGCCGGUCACACUGGUCGAGUUCUCCCUCGACCAAUUUGAAAACCUCGACUUCUUCGACAUCUCCCUCGUCGACGGCUUCAACGUACCAGUGAACUUGAUCCCGACCAGCGGAGGAUGCCCGGCAGUACGAUGCGAGGCCGACAUCACAGCGAGCUGCCCGGAGGAGCUGAGGGCGCCCGGCGGUUGCAAUAGCCCCUGCACCGUGUUCGGGACCGACGAGUACUGCUGCCGAGCAACGAAUAAUUGCCGACCGACCAAUUACUCCAUGUUCUUCAAGAGCAAUUGCCCGAACGCUUACAGCUACGCGUCGGAUGACGCGACGUCGACGUUUAAUUGCACCAGCGGGACCGACUACACGGUGGCGUUCUGCGCUUCCUCCGGCGGCGAUUUGGCCACCAGGUUCGGGCGGAUGUCCGUGAGACUGGUCGUCCCCCAAAUCAACGCGUAGGAUACCUUGCUGGAUUUCCACAAAAAAGUUGAUGGGCGAGAAGUCAUAAUGCACGUAGUCAAAGUCUGGCAAGCCGAGUCUUCUCAAUUCGGCCAGCGCUCAACUUUGUAGACUACUUCCCGCGGGCAGUUAAUCUGAUAAACAUAUUAGAAUUAGACCA